AUGAUCCUCAACCUCAUCCCAUUACUAGUAGUAGCCGUAGCCGCCUACUUCAUUUACACCAAAUUCAUAGCAGGCAAAAUUGAUUGUCCCGCCAACAAUCCUAAUAUCCAAGGUCUAGAAAAAGAAGAAAUAAAAGUCGCCAUAAAAGAAGGUGAAACUAAGCAAAAAGAAAUCAAAGAUGAAGUAAAGCAGUUAGAGAAAGAACGUAAGGAAAUCCUUGCUAGUUCUGACUCCGACAAGAAUGAAAAAGCCAAAGAGAAGUUAGAACAAAAAGAAGAAAAGAUGAAAGAAUUACAGGAAAUAGAGACUAAUUUAGCAGAUUUAAAAACUGUUGACAAGGGAGCAUUAUUAGCCAAGCCCGCUAUUGCGGGAUUAUUAAAGUUUGUGAUUGGAGCAGGAUUGGCUUAUUUUACCGCUAAGCCGGUGAUUGAGAGGUGGGGUUCUACUCCUGCUAAUCGAGCCGAGCA